AUGUACCCGGGUUCGGCACGAAGUGCUAAUGCAUCUCAGUCUGUAACACCGCUAUCAACACAUAAAAAUCGUAUACAUCCAGUACAUGGACAUGUAUUACGUAGUUUAACACCGCCGGAUACACCUGCAGUUACUGCAAAAGUUGAUGACUCUACUCAGACUAACGACUUGUCUCAGGUUGAACCAACAAGGCACUCAAGUCGACGAGAUAAAGAGAAAGGUUAG